ACGGAGAACAAAGAACCAAAACCGCCCGCUUUGGUGCGAAGAAGAGUGGAGGAUUCUGGAGCAACCUCGAAACGAGACUCUCUUGUGCAAACCCUAGCAGCAGCUGCAACCACAGCCCUCUGACAACGAUGGCGGAAGCAGUGGCAAGAUCAAGCGCGGCAACUGGUGGUGGGGAGGAGGUAUCGUUGAAAGAUAAAGGGAAUGAAUUCUUCAAGGCCGGAAACUACCUCAAAGCCGCCGCUCUCUAUACUCAAGCUAUCAAACUUGACCCUUCCAAUCCAUCUCUUUAUAGCAACAGAGCUGCAGCAUUUCUACAGUUGGUAAAGCUUAAUAAGGCACUUGCUGAUUCCGAGACAACAAUUGCAUUGAAUCCCCAGUGGGAAAAGGGAUACUUUAGAAAAGGAUGCAUAUUAGAGGCCAUGGAAAGAUAUGAUGAUGCGUUGGCUGCUUUCCAAACUGCUUUACAAUACAACUCACAGAGUGCAGAAGUGUCGAGAAAGAUUAAGCGGAUUUCACAGUUGGCGAAAGAUAAAAAACGAGCCCAGGAAGUGGAAAACAUGAGGUCAAAUGUUGACAUGGCAAAGCACUUGGAUACUUUGAGAUCUGAAUUGUCUGAAAAACUUGGAUCUGAAGAGAGCUUGAAAGAGAUGUUUUCUUUCCUUGUUGAGACAAUGGAAAUGGCUGUAAAAUCAUGGCAUGAAAAUGCUAAAGUAGAUCCCAGAGUUUAUUUUCUUCUUGACAAGGAAAAGACGCAAAUUGAUAAAUAUGCUCCAGUUGUCAAUAUUGAUAAGGCAUUUGAAUCACCCCACACACAUGGCAGUUGUUUUUCGUUUCUUAGGCAGUAUGCCGAAGAAUCUUUCUCCAAAGCCGCUUGUUUAGUGACACCUAAAAGUAUUAUAUCUUACCCACAGGUAAUCCUUAACUUCUCAUAUGUAUAUGUGUUUAUUUUAUUUUAUUUUGAUUGUUCAAUGGAGAAUAGGGUCUUCAAUUCUCUGUCCUCAAGGACUGGGUGCACAGUUAAAAUCACUCUUUUAGGUAAAAAAGAGUCUACUGAAUACUGAAUAGAUUGCCGAAGCCUGUUAGAGGUCUGACUGUGAUGUUGGUUUAAAGUUCUCCCAGAAGCUUGAGCUCUAAAGCUCAUGUCCAACUAGGGGAUAACUAUUGUGCAUAAUGAAAAGAGAGGGCCGUAUAUGAUGUGCCAAUGUUUGUAUUUGUAUCGAGAAAGUAAGAUUAUUUUGAUUUAUGAUUGCAGGAUCCUGAAUGACCAAAAAAUUUCUAAAAUUUUCUUCUAAGCCUUGUAUUUCUGUGUGGAGUUAGUUAUACUUUCUAAGAUCUUUGGUUUCAUAAUGUUGCAGAUUUUCUUGUUAAGGCAAAUAGGCAGCUUAGAGCAGCCAAUUGAAUUUCUCUGAAAUUCAGAUAACUUUGGAGCUUGGUCUAGUUCACUAGUGACUUGCAUGGACUUUACCUUUUCAUGGUCAACAUUGAAGACCCCAGCCUGAAAUUAUUAUUUAGGAUAACGGCAUAACACAUCUUGCAACUUGUGUAGUAUUUAUCAAUUGAAAUAUUGAAUGGAAGAAAAUGUUGAAAGAAAAAGGAGUGUUCAACUUAAUGUAACACAAAAUUGUCAGGAGAUUAUGGGACCUAGCUACCUAUCCUGAACUGUGGUAUCUAUGAACAAGCUGCAUAGAAGAGAUCUGAUAAUCAAAAACCUCCUGUCU